GGCAGUGUGCGGGAUCGGGGGCGGGGGGAAUCCCCUGAGAUCGGGGCUGUGUGGAAUGGUGGGGAGAUCCCCCGGAAUUAGGGGGACCUUUGGGACGAAGGCUGUGUAGGGAUCCACCAGGAUUGGGGCUACGCAAGAUCAAGGAGAUCCCCCAGGACCAGCGCUGCACAGGACUGCGGGAGGGGAUCCCCCAUGGAUCCCCACCGUGCAGGGUCGGGGGGGAUCAGGGGGAGGGAUCCCCCAGGACUGGGGUUGUGCAGAAUCAGGGCUGUGAAGGAUUGCGGGGAUCCCCCGGGAUCCAGGCUGUGUGGGAUCAGGUGAUCUCCCCUCCCCUCCUGUCUGGUGUGCCAGGGGAUCCCAUCUGUCUCCAGAUCAGUCCCAUGCUGGGAUCCGCUCCCUGCUGUGGGAGGGUUUCACUGCUGUACUGGGGAUCUGGUCUGUGCUGGGAUCUGCCCCCCCCUCCACCCCCUGGAGGGAUCCACUGUCCCCAGCCUUUCCUUACUACGGCCUGAUCCCCUCUACCCUCCCAAUCUGUCCUAUGCCGGGAUCUCUCCCCUCCCAGGAAUCGAUUCAGCCCCCCCCCCCCCCCCCCCCCCGAGAUCCUUCUCCUGGGAUCUCCCCUCCCUCCAGGAUCCCACCUGCGCUGGGAUCUGCCCCUUCCCCCUCUCCCCAGGGCCCCGUGCAGGAUGCGGCCCCUCCUCACCCUGCUGCGGGGUGCCAGCCCCCAGGGAUCCCCCCCCUUAUGCUGGGGGGGGGGGGGGGGGAUCCCCCCACGGCUGCUGCCAGGAUCCACUCCAGGCAGGAUCCCACGGAUCUGCUCCCCGGUGCCCACAGGUGCCAGAUGCGCUUGCGGGGGGCCAUGCGGCUGGUGCGGUUCCGGGGGGCCGGGGGGGGCGAGCCCCGGCUGGGGGUGGAGGCAGCCGAGGGGAGCGUGGUGGAUCUGAGCGAGGCCGAGCCCGCGCUGCCCCGUUCCGCCCGCGCCUUCCUGGAGAGCGGCCACCGCGGCCUGGCUGCCGCUCAAAGGGCACUGGAGUCCGGCCGGCACCGGGUGCCGCGGGAGUCGGUGCGGCUCCUGGCGCCCGUGGGGGACCCGCAGAAGGUGAUCUGCGUGGGGCUCAACUACCGCGACCACUGCCUGGAGCAGGGCGUCAAGAUCCCCAAGGAGCCCAUCAUCUUCAACAAGUUCCCCAGCGCCAUCAUCGGGCCCUUCGAUGACAUCGUGCACCCCCAGGAGAGCAAUGAGGUGGACUGGGAAGUGGAGCUGGCUGCUGUCAUCGGGAAGAAGGGGCGGCACAUCGAGGAGUCAGCAGCGCUGGACCACGUCGUGGGCUUCAUGGUGGCCAACGACAUCAGCGCCCGGGACUGGCAGAGCAGGAACGGGAGGCAGUGGCUGCUGGGGAAAACCUUCGACACUUUUUGUCCCCUGGGGCCGGCCCUUGUCACCAAGGAGGCUGUGGCAGACGUCCACAACCUGAGCAUCCGCUGCAGCAUCAACGGGCGGGUGAUGCAGGACAGCAGCACCAACCAGCUCAUCUUCCCCCUGCCCAAACUCAUCGCCUGGGUCUCGCGGUUCGUCACGCUGGUCCCUGGGGACAUCUUGCUGACGGGAACCCCUCCUGGUGUGGGGGCCUUUCAGAAGCCCCCUGUGUUUCUUAAGAGAGGAGACGAGGUGCAGUGCGAGAUCGAGGAGCUGGGCGUCAUCUGCAACAAGGUGGUGUGAAGAUGGAGACGCCAAAUUUCACCCCGCCCAAUUUCCCCCUCCCUCCACACCCCACACCCCCAUCCCCCCCACCACCCUCCCCCCCGGCGGGGUUCAAAUAAAUCCAUGAGCCAGGUCA